UGCUCCUCGCGCAGGACCGGAGUGGUGUUCACUCGGCCGCGCGCCACGGCGCGACAUGCCCAGCUGAUGUUUAUUUAUACCGCGAGCUCGGCGGAGGGCGCGCGCGGGAGGCCCUCCCCUCCGCGGCACCACGGUUUCGCGUGAUGCAGCCGAGCGAGCUAGCCGACACCGCGCACGCCGCUAGCGGAAAUCCCCCGCAGCGUGGCCUCAACGGUGGCCGAUUCGACUUUGAUGAUGGUGGUACCUAUUGUGGCGGUUGGGAGGACGGCAAGGCCCACGGUCACGGUGUGUGUACUGGACCGAAAGGACAGGGGGCGUACGCCGGCUCCUGGCACUUUGGAUUCGAAGUAUCCGGCGUCUACACCUGGCCCAGUGGAAGCUCAUUCGAGGGACAAUGGCAAAACGGCAAACGGCACGGUCUGGGCGUGGAAACGCGCGACCGCUGGCUGUACCGGGGCGAGUGGACUCAAGGCUACAAGGGCCGCUACGGCGUCCGACAGAGCAGUACAAGCAACGCCAAGUACGAGGGCACCUGGGCCAACGGCCUCCAAGACGGAUAUGGUUCAGAAACAUACGCCGAUGGCGGAACAUACCAAGGACAAUGGAUGCGAGGACUCAGGCAUGGAUACGGAGUGCGUACAUCGGCACCCUUCGGUUUGGCAUCUCACUACCGCGGGAGUGCGCGGGAUCACCGCGGAUCGCUCUCAUCAUUGGCGGAGGCGACGGGCACGCCGGACCCCUCCGACCGGCGAACAACACGAAUGGACGAUGCCCGAGGUGGCUUCGUCCUUAAAGCCAGCUCUGAUGAGCCAUCGGGUAGACGAGGUUCUCUUGUUGAGAAGACUAAAAAGGGACUUCUUGCCAAAUUACGUAAGCAACGCAGUGCCGGUGAGUUGGACAAGCGCGGCACGGGCUCGGUACGGUCAGGCGGCUCAGGCGGCUCCGCUUCAUCCUGGGUGUCGUCGGUCGAAAGCACGCAUUCCGCUACUACGCGAGGCUCCUUGCAUACCAACUCUAACACCAGUUUCAUUGUUGAGGAUGAACACUUGGAUGCCAGUGUAACUGAAACCUAUAUGGGUGAAUGGAAGAACGAUAAGCGUACUGGAUUCGGUGUCAGUGAACGUAGCGACGGCCUUCGUUACGAGGGCGAGUGGUUUGCAAAUAGAAAAUAUGGCUAUGGUGUUACGACUUUUCGUGACGGAACCAGAGA